AUGGCAAAAGCAAAGAUCGUUGUAAGCAGCGAAGAAGAAGAAGAAGAAGAAGAUUCACUACUCGAGUCGGAUUCAAAUGACAAUGGAGACAUAGAUGCAUAUGAUGAUGUGGAGGACUACAAACCACACGAAGUCACGCGAAAAGCUGCUUCUCAGAGUAGACGGAAAAAGGUGACCCCGAAAUCGCAAGAGGAACCACUGGAGGAUGAAGACGAGGAUGAUGAUGAUGAAGAUGAAGAAGAAGAAGAAGAAGGAGAUGUGGACGACGAACUGGGAAGCUUAAGCGACGAUGGAGAGGAUUAUCAACUGGACACCAACUUUGAAAACGAACUUUCGGAUAUGAAUGACGACUUGGAAGCAAAAGAUUUUGACGAAUAUGAUGAGUCUGAAGAGCCAUUGAAGCCAAUAGCUGUCGAAAAGGGUAAAAAAUCAAUCAAGAUCAAAAUCAAGCCACCGACAAAGAACAAGGGAAGGUCACUGAGUGAUUCUACGUCAUCGAGAUUAGGCAGCUCUAGAAGUACGCGGAAAAGACAAGUUAAUUACUACCAAGAGGAUGAAGACAACUUUUCUGAUUUAUCGGAGGUAGAGGAACCACCGCAAAAAACGACCAAGGCAGUAAAGAUCAAAUCGGUGGUGCCACCACGAAAACUGCGACAACCCGAUUUAGAUCCCGACUUAAUACUAACAGACGAAGAGGAAGAAUACGAUCCAAAUGCAGUCAAUGAUGUCUCCAAGAUGACGGAAAGACAGAGAGCACGACUCAAUCUUGACGUCUCGGGUGCAACGAUUGAAGAUCCGUAUUAUGAACUAGAUGCGAAUGGGAAGAAACCCAAAGUGAAGAAGGUUAAAGAGGAAACUGAGGAAGAGGCUGCAUUGAGGAAAGCAGAGAAUGCUCGAAAGAGACAGGAUUACAAGAAUAAGAUCUUGGAGGAGGAGAAGCGGGACACAUUGAAUAAGCUUUUGAAGAGAAGAGCAACAAAGUCAAGAGAAACAAUAAGUGAAGAUAAGGAAGGGUCCGUUGGGGUUGAUGAGGAUUCAAAGUCAUACUAUAAGGAAAGACGGGCAACGUUGAACCAUCCCGCUCUAGUGCGAUAUGUGAACAAUACAACCUCUUUAAACGGCAAUGCAGUACUUGCUUAUAAGUAG